UUUCCCGCGCGUUACAGCGUCGUGCUAAAGUUGCGUUCCGAAGUUAUGAGUGUUUAGCGGCAGUUGCUGUUCGUGUUCUUCCUUCUGCGAUAAAAGAUCAUUCAACAAUGGGAGCCCCAAGAGCCUGCCUAAUUUUCAUCACGAUCCAGCUGGUAUCACUGGCCUACGCGCAGGAAGUCUCCAAGCGCGUGCCCCAAGGCUUCCUCGGGAUGCGUGGGAAGAAAUAUUUCGAAGACGAUGGCACUGAACAAUUUUACAAACGAAAACCUCAGUUCUUCGUCGGAGUUAAAGGGAAAAAGAGCCUUCAGGACAUACUAGAAGCCCCUGAGGAAUAUUACAAGCGAGCUCCAAUGGGCUUCCUAGGAAUGAGAGGCAAGAAAGAGCAGAAAUUCCCAGACUUCCAAAGCAAUGAACUGUACCUCAAGAGAGAUGGCUCCCUCAUAGGUCAGAUAGACUACUCCUCAAACGAGAACCCCACCGUCUCCGACUUCCCUCUGCUGAACGAACUACUCCUCCACUACAUCUCGCAGGUCAACCGUCCCUCCAACAUACCCUUGGAGUCAUCAGAAUCUGAUGCUGACCUAUCGACCAAUGAAAUUGAGAAGCGAGCGGCGAACAUGCACCAGUUCUACGGCGUGAGAGGAAAGAAAUCCCUAAACAACUUGAGCUUCCGCGGCAAAUUCAUCGGCGUCAGGGGCAAGAAAGACAUGAAAAACAGUGGCCCUCAUGAAAUUAAAUUCCUGGUCGACCAAAACGGACCCCUGCCUAAGAGAAAGGCUCAGAUGGGCUUUUUCGGAAUGCGAGGCAAGAAGUGGGCUGAAGACAGUUCCGAGACAGACAUAAUAAACUAAGUGUCUUCAAAGGUUGAUUCAAUACAAGUAUUAAAAUAAACUAAUAAAUAAAUUAAAAUGCUACCUAUUUCUUGAGAAAGACUUACCUUUUCGACAUAUCCUAUAAAUAAACAAUUCUUGCCAACAAUAACGAGGCUUAUUUUAGCGUUAUUUUCACUGUUUAUUAUAUAAGAAAUUCUAGUCAGUAAAUAUCUAUAA